AAGAAGACCGUCCCUUUCAGUUAGGUCCGCCUUCGUUUAAAAUCAGGCCAGCUGCGCGGGCCUGAAUAGAGAGAAGAACAUUCUGUGAAGACCAGACAUCGUAAUGGCAUCAGCAGCGGACUACAGCUCCUAUGGACAGGCGGGAGGCCAACCGGGGUAUGGCUCCUAUGUGGCGCCGCCCGCUCAGGCUGGCUAUGGACAAAACACACAGCCGAGUUAUGGCCAACCGCAGGGAUAUGGGUCAUACAGCCAGCUGACUGAGUCAACCUAUCCCCAAGGUGGUAGCACCUCAAGUGGUUACGCUCAACAGGGUUACAGUCAGCAGCCACCCGCUGCAGCUGGUUACGCUGCCACUCCUGCUGCCCCUCAGGGUUACAGCCAGCCAACGCAGGGGUAUGGCGCUGGAGGGUAUGCUGCAGCCCCCGCUGCUGCCACCACCACCAGCAGCAGCCAGGCCUCUUAUGGGGUCCAGGGUGGAUAUGGAGCCCAGACUGCAUACCAGGGAUAUGGGCAGCAGCCGGCCGCUGGAGCACCACCUAGCUACAGCAGCAGCAGCAGCAGCCAGCCACCAACCAGCUAUGAGCAGAACUCCUACUCUCAGGCACCCCAGCAGGGCUCCUACUCCCAGCCGCCACAAGGUGGUGGAUACCAGAGCCAGCAGAGUGGCUACACCCAACAGGGUGUCGGUUACCAGGCGCCACAGGCCCCUCCACCCCAGCAGCAGGCCCCACCUUCCAGCUAUGCUCCCACAUCCGGAGGGUCCUACAGUCAGCCACCUGCCAGCCAGUAUGGACAACAGGGUGGACCAGGAGGCAGCUAUGGUCAGCAGGGUGAAUAUAGAAUGCCUAGCCAGUACAGCAACUACAGGCAGGAUCAUUCCAACGGAGGGGGCUACUCGGGGCCAGAGUCGGGUGGAUAUAGGGGCCGCGGUGAGGGCCGAGGCAUGGGUGGGGGGGAGAGCCGGGGCCGCGGCCGUGGGGGGUUUGACCGCGGCGGGAUGAUGCGUGGUGGCGGCAUGCGUGGUGGAAUGAGCAGAGGCAUGGGCAUCACUGGAGACAGAGGUGGCUUCAGUAAGCCUGGUGGACCAGACUCAGACACAGGACGCCCAGAGGAGCAGGAUGACUCUGAGAACAACACUAUUUACAUCACUGGCCUGACGGAGAAUGCAACGCUGCCCGAAGUCGCUGACUUUUUCAAGCACAGUGGAAUAAUCAGGAUCAACAAGCGUACAGGUCUGCCUGCUAUUAACAUCUACACCGACAAAGAUUCGGGGAAACCAAAGGGUGAUUGUACUCUGUCUUAUGAUGAGCCCCCAUGUGCCAAAGCUGCAGUUGAGUGGUUUGAUGGCAAAGACUUUCAGGGGAAGAAGCUAAAGGUGUCAAUGGCUCGCCGUAAGCCCAUGAUGGGGAUGAUGCGAGGAGGCAUGCCCAUGAGGGGUGACCGGGGAGGCAUGAUGAACCGUGGAGGGCCAGGAAUGAUGAGCCGUGGUGGUCCAAUGGGACGCGGUGGGGAGCGUGGCGGAUUUAUCCCCAGGGGUGGUCCCCGUGGCAUGGGCAGUCCUCAUGGCAUGGGUAGAGGUGGGCCCUCAGGGGGCAACAUGCAGCAGAGAGCAGGAGACUGGGAGUGCCCUAAAGAGGGCUGCGGUAACCAGAACUUUGCCUGGAGAAUGGAGUGUAACCAGUGCAAAUCACCCAAACCAGAAGGCUUUGGACCACCUUUCUCCCCUUCAGGUGGCGAUCGUGGUAGGGGUGGCCCAGGCAUGCGUGGGCGUGGAGGGAUGGACCGUGGAGGUCCAGGGGGCCCUGGAGGCUUCCGUGGAGGCAGGGGUGGUGAUCGUGGAGGUGGAUUCAGAGGCCGUGGUGGCAUGGAAAGAGGAGGCUUCGGCGGCCGGGGCCGUGGUGGCCCUCCCAUGGAUGACAUGGGCGGCCGAGGCAGGAGGGGUAUGGGCCCCCCCGGCAAGAUGAUGGAAAUGAAGGGAGACCAUCGCCAGGACCGCAGAGGUCGUCCCUACUGAAGGAUACAACGCUUGAAUAAAUUCCCAUGUUAUACAGGAUUUAUUUUUAAAUGAACAUUUUAAACUUGUAUCUCCAUAUUUAUAAAUGGUUAAUGGUGGGAAUUUGUGGCUCGAUAGUCAACUUCGGUGACCUUUUUUAUUUUUUACCAGUGUUAUUUGUGUUUUUUUGUUCUGGUCUGGUUGAACAUUUGUGAACCUGUGGCAAACGCAUGCUGUCGUGUACAGAUAAAUUGUGAGAUUGUAUUUGUGAAACCUUGUGGUAAGCAAAACCUUUUUUUACUUAUUCUGCCCUCCCUUCUCAGACAAUGUUGAAUUAAAAAAUGUAGUCACUUUCCUGGAAAAAA